UAUUCGGCCGCGGAUCUUUCCUGAUAAUUCCCAAGCCACUCCUCGUCUUCUUCUUCUUUCCUCUGAUCUGCAGCCUGUGCCCAACUUUCCCUGCUCUUAACUUAUGGCUACAAUCACUAAUUUCUUAUCUAAUCCUCCUUCUUCUCUUCUACCCUCCACUAAUAAGUUAAUUUCUCUUUCCCCUCGCACCUCUCACUUUGUUUUUGGUAAAACCAUUCGUCCUGCAACAAGGCUAGAAACAAACAGAUCAGCCCAGUUUAUUACAAAGGCCACAGCUGCACCUGGAACGAAGAAAUCUGCGCCGAGUGAUGAGAGGGUGCAGAAAGUUCACAGCAUAGAAGAAUUUGACGAAGCUUUGAGAAUGGCGAAAAACAAGCUGGUUGUGGUGGAGUACGCCGCUAGCCACAGUUACCACAGCAGCCAAAUCUACCCUUUCAUGGUGGAACUUAGCAGGACUUGCAGCGACGUGGAGUUUCUUCUGGUGAUGGGCGACGAGUCAGAGAAAACAAGAGAACUGUGCGCACGGGAGAAAAUUGAGCAAGUCCCCCACUUCAGCUUCUACAAGAGCAUGGAGAAAAUCCACGAAGAAGAAGGUAUCGGACCAGAUCAGCUGUUCGGCGAUGUGCUGUACUACGGUGACAACCAUUCUGAGGUAGUGCAGCUACACAACAAGGAGGGUGUGGAGAAGUUGAUUGAAGAUCACAAGGCUGACCACAAGCUGAUUGUUCUGGAUGUGGGGUUGAAGCAUUGUGGGCCAUGCGUGAAGGUGUAUCCGACGGUGGUAAAACUGUCUAGGCAGAUGGACACGGUGGUGUUCGCGAGAAUGAACGGUGAUGAGAACGCUAGCUGCAUGCAGUUCUUGAAGGAUAUGGAUGUGGUGGAAGUGCCGACGUUUUUGUUCAUCAGGGAUGGUGAGAUAUGCGGGAGGUAUGUCGGGUCUGGCAAGGGUGAGCUUAUUGGGGAGAUUCUUAGGUACCAAGGUGUUCGUGUAACUUAAGAUUAAACAUAUGUAUUUUCUGGUUUUGAAACAAAAUGAAACUGAGAUACACAGACACUGGCUAAUUAUGAUGAUUAGGAUAAUUCAUAAAUGUCCUGAUCAACUUAUGGAAGGACUUUGGUCCCAAUUAUCUUUAGUAUUCAUCAUCUUUUGUACUUUCACGGCGGUGUCAAAGUAAUUAUAAUGCUGGUAUUAAUAAAACUUACAAGUUAAGUUGUCUU